UCCCAAAGCACCUGCGGUUCAAUGGCGACGGGUGAGAUCAGAUCUCGGAUCUCCACGGACCGACAGGCCGUACGAGUCUUCUUUUCCGGCUCCCUUCCGUCCUCCUUCCACGGUUGAAGAGGACGCGACCGAGCGAGGACAUGAGACCCCUGUUCAAUUCCCAAUCUGAAAUGGUGAUCCGCGACGAGAUCUGAGAGAGAGAGCGCCUCGCCAGAGGCCCGCCGUCCCUUUCCCCCUUCCCUCACGGCAGCCUUCCACGCGAUGGCGUCCUCCGUGGCGCCGCCGGCCUCCCCGUCGUCGCGAUCGCACGGCAAUGCGGCGGGCGCAGGCAGCAGCGCCACGGCGAUGAUGCUCCCGGGCCCGCCGGGGCGCGGCAACGGCGGUUGCAUCGACCUCAGCCCCACGGGCCUCCUGGCGCACGGCGCCGGGAGCAGCGUCGUCGUGUCCGACCCGCGCUCCAUGCAGCUCCUCUGCGUGCUCCCCAUGCCCUCCUCCUCCCUCGCCUCCUUCGUCACCGCCGUCCGCUGGGCGCCCCCCGCCACGCCCUCCCUCGACGACUACUACGACGACGACCGCCGCCCGCUCCGCCUCGCCGCGGGGGACCGCCACGGCCGCAUCGCCGUCUGGGACGCUCGCGCGCGGGCCGUGCUCCACUGGCUCAACCUUGACGAGGCGCGCGGCGUCGCGCCGGGCUCCAGCGGCGGGGUGCAGGACCUCUGCUGGGUCCACCACGGCUCCGGCUGGCUCCUCGCCUCCAUCCACGGGCCCUCGCUGCUCUGCAUCUGGGAGACGUCCAACACCCCGCGCGUCCUCUGGAUGUUCGACGCGGCGCCCGAGUACCUCUCCUGCCUCCGCCGCGACCCCUUCGACGCCAGGCACCUCUGCGCGAUCGGCCUCCGCGGCUUCCUCCUCUCCGCCUUCCCCAGGCAGGACUCCGACAUCUCGCUGCAGGAGCACCGGGUGAACUGCGGUGCAGGGGAUGUCGCCGACCUGCAGAGGCUGGAGAAGGAGAUAGCGGCACCUGCACCGGCCCCGGCGCUCGCGGCGUUCCCGCUCUUUGCCUCGAGAAUGUGCUUCUCCCCGCUGUGGAGGCAUAUCCUCUUCGUCACCUUCCCGCGGGAGCUCAUCGUCUUUGACCUCAGCUACAGCACUGCGCUUUCUGUUACCCCAUUGCCCAGGGGGUUUGGCAAGUUCUCGGAUGUUAUGGCCGAUCCUGAUCUCGACAUGCUCUAUUGCACUCAUCUGGACGGCAAGCUGAGCAUCUGGAGGCGUAAGGAGGGUGAACAAGUGCAUUUAUUAUGUGCUGUGGAAGAGCUCAUGCCUUCCAUUGGUACUGUUGUUCCUUCUCCGGCUGUUCUUGCAGCUACAAUAUUGCACUCAGAGUCUAUUUUCCGAAACAUUGACAAACAAUGUCAGGAUUUGGCACAAACAUAUUAUUUCAUGACUGAUACAAAUUCAGACCAGAAUGCUUAUCAUGGGACUAUGACAUAUCUAACGUCGAUAUCAGAAGAUGGCAAGAUCUGGUCGUGGCUUUUGAAAUUUGACAAGUCUUCACUUCCUAACAAAGCUAAUCUAGGUAGACCGAGCCAUAGCAAUGCUGCAACUGCCAACGCAUCCUCCAAUAGACCUGAUUUUACAAUAAAGAUUAAUUUGAUGGGCCAGCUUCAUCUUUUGUCAUCUACUGUCACUACACUAGCAGUGCCGUCCCCUUCAUUGCUUGCCACAGUAGCUCGUGGUGGAAACAAUCCUGCUCCAGCAGUGCCACUUGUUGCUCUGGGGACUCAGAAUGGAACUAUUGAAGUUGUAGAUGUUGUGGCCAAUGCAGUUUCAGUCAGCUUUUCCGUGCAUAGCAGCACAGUGAGGGGAUUGAGAUGGCUUGGAAACUCACGUCUUGUUUCAUUCUCAUAUAAUCAGGUUAAUGAUAAAACUGGUGGAUACAAUAAUAAACUUGUUAUUACAUGCUUAAGAAGUGGGCUAAAUCGCUCAUUCCGUGUGCUCCAAAAGCCUGAACGUGCGCCAAUUAGAGCAUUGAGGGCUUCUUCCUCUGGACGGUCAGCUAUAUUUUUCUUAACUAUGCAUAUGUACCAGUACUACGUUUGUUCUGAUUUCUCAAGCAUAAUAUUCUUUCUCAGGUACCUUCUGAUUCUGUUUCGCGAUGCUCCUGUUGAAGUGUGGGCCAUGACAAAGAACCCCAUGAUGCUUAGGUCCUUGGCGCUUCCUUUUACAGUAUUAGAGUGGACACUGCCAGCUGCACCUCGGCCAGGUCAAAAUGCAUCAUCUAAGCAGUCUUCAACCUCCAAGGAGCGAUCAGCAGAGGCUUCUGGUGCAGAAAACUCUGAUGAAACAUGUGAAAGUUUUGCUUUUGCAUUAGUCAAUGGUGCUCUUGGUGUGUUUGAAGUGCACGGGCGGCGAAUACGAGAUUUUAGGCCAAAGUGGCCCUCAUCAUCAUUUGCAUCUUCAGAUGGUUUGGUUACUGCUAUGGCUUAUCGCCUUCCCCAUGUUGUAAUGGGGGAUCGAUCAGGCAACAUUAGAUGGUGGGAUGUUACAACAGGCCUUUCUUCUUCUUUUAGCACUCACAGGGAAGGCAUCAGGAGGAUAAAGUUUUCUCCUGUUGUUCAUGGUGAUCGAAGCAGAGGGCGCAUCGCUGUGCUUUUCUAUGAUAAUACAUUUUCAAUAUUUGACCUGGAUAGUCCAGACCCCUUGGCAAAUGCCCUUCUUCAACCGCAAUCUCCUGGUACCCUUGUCUUGGAGCUUGAUUGGUUGUCAACCCGAACAAGGAAGGAUGAGCCACUUAGGUUAUGCAUUGCCGGAGCUGAUAGUAGCUUCCGACUGAUUGAGGUUAACAUUGAUACCAAGGGCAGUUCCAUUUCAAAGCCAGUAGCUACGAAAGAGAGGUUUAGGCCAAUGCCAUUUUGUUUGCCAGUAUUAUUUCCAACGGCCCAUGCUUUGGCUUUGCGUAUGAUUCUGCAACUUGGGGUGAAACCUUCUUGGUUUGAAUGCAAUAAUAAUGAUAAAUUAGCUGGGGACAGCUUUAAGGUAGCACCAGCAUUUGGAGAUCUUCGUAGUUACAUGAUUGAGACAACACUCCCUCCAAUUGGUGAUGUUGUCGUGGCAGAAUUGCUCCUUAAAGUGUUGGAACCGUACAGAAAGGAGGGUUGCAUUCUUGAUGAUGGAAGAGCCAGAUUAUAUUCAGCUGUAGUGAACAAGGGAGCUUGUGCAAGGUUUGCAUUUGCUGCUGCGAUUUUUGGUGAUUUCCAUGAAGCACUUUUCUGGCUACAGCUGCCUCAAGCUCUUCGCCACUUCCUGGAUAAAUCAACAAGUAGAUCAAGAGAGAAGAUCUCACAAUCAAGUUUACAUCCUGAUUCUGAACAAGGCUCUACAUUUAAUCGGAUAACUUCAAGAGAGAGAUCUGUUUCUGGAAAGUUCACAAAAAAUGUUGUGAAUUGUGGGCAAUUAAGCUCAAUGGCAUUUAAACAAGAGCAACUAUGGUUCAAUGCAAAUGAAAGGAUACCUUGGCAUGAUAAGCUCGAUGGUGAAGAGGCUUUGCAAAAACGUGUUCAUGAGCUUGUCUCUCUUGGGAACUUAGAAGCUGCGGUCUCCCUGUUACUUUCAACGCCCCCCGAAGGAUCAAACUUUUACCCAAAUGCAUUAAGAGCAGUUGUGCUGUCAUCUGCAGUCUCACAAUCUUUGCAUGAACUUGCAGUGAAGGUUGUUGCAGCUAAUAUGGUUAGAACGGACAAAUCGCUGUCUGGCACGCAUCUUCUCUGUGCUGUUGGAAGAUAUCAGGAAGCAUGUUCACAGCUUCAAGAUGCUGGGUGCUGGAAUGAUGCGGCUACUUUGGCCGCAAGCCAUUUACAUGGAUCUGACUAUGCAAGGGUACUGCAGAGGUGGGCUGAUUAUGUUCUUCGUGGUGAGCAUAAUAUGUGGAGAGCUCUUAUCCUGUACGUUGCUGCCGGAGCACUGCCAGAGGCUUUGGAUACACUCCGCAAGAACCAGCGCCCAGAUAUCGCAGCCAUGUUCUUGCUAGCCUGCCAUGAGACCUACUCACAAAUCUUAUCAGAAUCAGAGGCCGAGGAUGACACUUCCGGGUUAGCACUGACGGAGGAGCAGACCGAGAAGCUCCGGUUCCCUUCCAAGAAUGUGGCCGACGAGGACCUGAUUGCAGUCAGUGAGGUCUUCGGGCAGUACCAGCAGAAACUGGUUCAUCUCUGCAUGGACGCCGAACCAACAGCUGAUUGAACCUUGCACGGUUGCACGCCAUGUCACAUGCCCUGUGGUCUGGUGUGCUCGCGUAAUUGUAAUCGUCAGGGUCUACCUUUGCAUUAUCCGUUUUGAAGCUUAUUAUCAACAAGUUGCAAGUUGCUUCCAAGUUUCUGUGAAGUUUUUUGUUUUGUCUGUUGGUACCAGACACGAGAUUAGGACUGCUGAUGUGGCAGGAUCUGAUGACAGGAGGCAGGAAUAGGCAUGCAGUGGUGUAUUGUAGGUGGCACUGUUCAUAUAAGCAUUUGUAUUUGGUACAAAAUAUGUAAAUUUUUCUGUGCGAAGAUUGUGGCUGUGAUGAGAAUAGAUGCUAUCGAGGCAACAGCAGAUGAUACACUUACACCUGUACACCCAUAUCAGUUUUGUCUAAAGAUGGUUGUAUGCUUAUCUGCAAA